GGUAUAUUUGAUCCAUAAAUCCGCGGUCACACUUCGCCCCGCCGCGAAAUAAUAUCAGAAAUUAGCUCGAUUUCGAGAAAAAGCGUCAACAAAGGGAUCAAGGCAAGGCAGUAGACUUGAGACCGGAUAGACUCCAAGUCGGGAGAUUAACAGAGGGACAAACGAGAUUCCAAACAGUCGACUCGUAGUGCACACACCAGUGUGUGCAAUUAAAUGGCAAAUGGGAGCAACGGCAGUGCUAACGAUGCGACAACGGCUACCCAGGAGGAGCAACAAGCGCCACAGAAGGAGCAGCAGUCCCACCUGACGGGAGUGGGACGCGGCAAGGAGCCGUGCUCGUCAACAUCCAAGGGAGUGAACGACCUGGUGGCAGACCUCUGUCUGAAUGUGAGUCUGUCAGGCAGUGGCAGUGGCAGCCACCGCAAUGACGGCGGCUACGGUGACUACACAAAUAUGCGGGCCAGCACAUCCACCGGGGGCACAACGGCUGUCACUGGAAGCUCCUCCUCGUCUUCGUUCUCCUUCAAGCACUUUCUCAACAGUAGUGGCACUGUGACCGCGCCCACGAGCACAGUUACCUCCGUGGAUGCCACAGCCGCAGUGCAGACAUCGACGGGAGCCCGGCCCAAGGUGCCGCAGUCGGCCUCGGGCUCGCUCAUGCAGCCACCGGACGCAAACGGGAGCAGUGCCUCCUCCAAAAUGAAGCGCUCUCCGCGCUUCAGUUCCUUUGACUCGCAGGCGAGUCUGGCCGAGUAUGCGGCCUGUGGAGGAGGAGCUGCAGCACCCAGCAGCAGCGGAUGCCGUCAGCGCCCGGAUCUGCGGCUGGGCCAUGACGAUGUUCAUGCCCUUGACAAUGACGACGACGAUCACGUAUCUCUGGCCCAGGUGCGCAACAACAAGCUCUUCGACGAGCGGAUAGACGAUGACAUCUUUCCGUCGGCAUCCUCCAAUUUGGAUUCAAGCAGUUCCAGCUCGCGGUACGUGCCACGCUCCUACUCCAGCUACGACAUGCCGCCCCAUGUACCAUGUCCCUCAUCCUCGCCUCGACGACGACCGGCCGGAAAUCGGGAUUUGCGCCCCAACCGGUUGGUUCUGACAGCUGCUCCCAAAAUGAAGCUGGACCUGCCCCUGGAUACAUCAAAUAUGACAGGAGCCGGACCUGGUGGUGGAGGGGGAGCAGCAGCUGCAUUGCCAGACUUUGUGCAGGACCACUUGCCGGAUGCAUGGUGCGCCGUACAGGAUGCACACCUGCGCUCGCCACCCAACUCUCCGUUGGGCGCUGCCGAGGCUCCUAGCGGCGCAAUGGGUGGUGGCCUGCUGCCAUCGGCGCUUGCCUCCCUUGGCCUGCCUGGUGUUGCUUCCCUGCCCGGUCCGGUGCCCGGUGGAUUGUCUGCCGAGUCCGGUCCAGGGCCGUCCGCUGGUUCCACCGCCAAAAUGCUGCCCGACUUCCUCUCCGAUGGCCCCAUCAUUCACUCGUCCCAGCGCCUGGCCGAUGUGGCCAUUGGGCUGCCCUCCAAUUCCAUUGACUCGCCGCCCCAGGAAGCGGCCGGCCCGUUGCAGCUAUCGACGAUGCGUGAGGAGAACGAACGACUGCAGCGUGAGCUGCAAGAGACUCGAGCGGAGCUGAACGCCCAGACCAGGCGAGCUCACGACUUUGAGCAACAGCUCCUUCAGCUCUCGGAGGCAUCGCGCCGGCGGGAAACGCUGGCCACGACGGCCAACACCCAGAACACGCAGCGUUUGCGACGCCAGGUGGCCCAGUUGGAGGCGGAACUCUUUGCUUUGCGUGGUGGCACGGAUGGCGCCAUGGGAGGUGCUACCGUUGUGACUCCUGGUGGCUCCAGUGGCACGGGCAGCAGCGGGAGCAGCACAACGCGUCCGUCCAGAACGCAUCAGGUGUCGCGGGACCUGAGAAGUGCCGCCGACAAUGCUGAACAGAAUUUGAGGCAACUUCUCACUGGCGUGGACAAUCUGCGCCAAAUUGCGGCCAGCCUCGAGCAGUCAACAGCCCCGUCAACAGCCACGUCAACAGCCACGCCAAGAAGCCCAGAUCUGUAUCCCGAAUUCAACUGAGCAACCACCGCGGUAGCAGCAGCAGAAGAUUGGACAGAUUGGGGAACUCGGACAGAGCAGCAGCUGCUCCUCCAGUUUCGGUUAUUGUUGUUUGUGUAAUCAUUGUAGGCCCCGGAUGCCGCCUAGAGCUUGUUUAUAGAGAACGCCCGCCCCCGCGCGUAUAUUUUAUGUUUCUCGUCGUCUCGUAUAUUUGUUGCAAAGGUUUGCGUUAGGUCGGGUAAGGGGUAAGGGUAGAGAGGAUGGACAAUGUGAGAAUCAAAGCGCAAACUCGUGAUGUUGAUUGAUAAAGGAAAAUACAUGCAUAUAUUAUAUUAUUACA